CAGUGGCUUCCUAAUGUCUGAAGGAUAUCGACUGGAUAUCAGGAACGGAAGCUGUGCCGACAGAAGCGAUUCGGACAGAAACUGCUUCCGGCACUGUUGGCCACCGCACCGCAUGAGACAGCAGCUGUGGCCUUUGCGCACGCGGCUCGCCACUUGUCGCGCGGUGCUGAGCUGAUUCUCCCCCCCUCCCCUCCCUCCCGAUCUAACGCCUGCCCCAGGUCGCCAUGGAGCCGUUCGUGAAGUUCACGGCGCAGAGUCCGGCCAAGGAGAAGAUCUACCGGACUGCGCAGUACACCUGUACGCUGCUCCACCACCUGGCGGGCACGGCUGGGCUCAGUGGCGACGUGGCCGCCCUGCUCAAGCAGCUGGAGACUCACCUGAGCAUGGGCAGGAAGAUGCUGCGGUUGGGUCAGUCGGCAGACUGCGUGGUGGCCGCCCGGAGGACGGUGCACUUGUCCGACCCCGUGCUGCGUCUGUGUCUGACGGUGGCACAGCUGAACCGCGCCCUCUACCUCGCCUGCGACAACUUACUCUGGGCUGGAAAGGUGGGGCUGAUCGCGAAGCUCGACUCGGACAAGUGGAGCAAGCGGGCGUUCCGCUUCUACCUGCUGGUGCUGCUCAUGGGCCUGGCGCGCGACGCCUACGAGGUGGCGCUGCUGGUGGAGAGGGAGGCACGGGCGCGGGGGAAGCGAGGGGGCCGGUCCGGCGGCGCCGUGGCCGAGUGGGCCAACGGAGAGGAGUACUCCCAGGGAAGCGGGGACCCGGCGCGGCUUGGCACGCGGGUGCGUGGGUGCUGCGCGCUGACGUGCCACGUCAUGCGGACGAACCACGCGGUGCUGCUGGACCUGGUCAAGAACCUGUGCGACCUCGUCAUCCCGCUGGACCGCCUGGGCCUGCGUCGAUCGUCGCCCGGCGUCGUGGGCCUCUGCGGGGUUAUCUCCUCCGUGCUUGGAAUCCUCCAGAUCACGCACCCCUGGCUCAAGCUCAAGCCCUGAGCCCGUCGGCGACGCCACCCCGGGGGGGAAGCUCGUACACGCCUCUUUUUAUUUUCCAUUGUGCAUUAGAGCCGCGUCAGCUUGUUUUUUUUUCCACCGCAGGAGUCGGGCCGUGCCAACAACGUAACACGCUGUGAAUGCAGGCGCACGUCGUAAAAGCGGUGAUGCUUUGUCCUCGGGUGUGUUGACUGAAGUCGCAUUUGGUGAAUGCGUCAUUAGCAUCACCCCUGGCAGUAGUUGGUCUCCAACCAGAUUAAGGAUUCCGUUUGAGGCCAGCGUAUCACGGUUUGGUUUCCGUUCAACAUGGGAAACAGCCAGUGGAAAACCACUUGCGGUACCGCCAAGAGCCCCGCUCCGGCUCGUAAUGUGCCAAUGGAAAAGGGGGGUAACUCUACCAAAAAAAAAUACACCAUCGAUUCUUUGCUGCUCCGAUUGUGAGAAUUUAUUUCCAAGGGAGGAAAAAAAAACCGGGUUUUGCUAAUUUCGCUUUCAUGAUUUUGGUGGCAUCGAAUGUGUUCAAUGACAAACUUGGCGUGUGCAAGUUUGGUGUUUUAAAAGCGCGCGGUAAUUCCCUGGGCGCCAAAUUUUACUUUGGCCUGUGGUCGAGAUAUUGACGGUAGAGGGGUCACCCGAGAGGACGUCCACUGUUUAAAGACGAACCAAUGAAAGUGCCCGAUGUGUAGGAGCCCUUAAGUGGAUUGAUCAUGGAUGGUGACUACUCGUCUCACAUUUAGUGACCAUAUAGAUAACAUUGUAAAAAGUUGCACUUAAGAUUAGCAGACAAUCGUGACCUAAACUCCAUAGCUGCCCACGAAGUUAUAUUUGGGAGUUUUUGUUCGUUAUAAAGAACGAUUUAACGACUGCAUACUUGGCACUUGCUAACAUCAGGUGGAAACAUUCCGAAUGGAACUCUUACCUACUAAUGGCUGACAAACGACACACAACGCUAUCAGCAACAGUUUGUGACUUGGCAAGAAGCAAUAAUGUCCAGUUAAGCCAUUUCCGUAUAUCCUUUUGGUAAUUUGAACAGAGUGCAUUUCGCAAAGGAACAUUCAUUUUGCUUUGUGUAUUAAUGCAAAAUAGCUUUUUCGACAACUGUAGUGCGUUUAGUUGCGUGGGCAAGCACUGUUCGACUUGCUUGGAUGCUACGAACCCGAAACGGUUGGAAAAUUACAAGCAACACUUUCUUUGGAUAACAUUUUGCAGUGGUUUAAUUUGCGAAAUCAUCAAUGUAAAUAACUUCUUUAAGCACAUGUACAAUUGAACAGCUUAAAUGCACGUUUUGUAUAUAAGAAUGCAAACCCCUGUCAACACAAUGUGAAGAACGAGCUCACCGAAAUUUUGGGUGAAAAUGUAAAAUCAUUGUCAAUUUCAGACCCUUUGUAUAACGCGGAGCUAAAGAUUAUUGUUACACAUUUGAAUGUUUGGUGUAAAUUGUAUUGAAAGCACGUUCAGUUACUACAUUUGGAGCAGUACAUUUGGAUGUUCGGGUUCUUGAAUGCUCGAGUUGCUUUUGAUAAAAUUACAUCUAGUUAUAAAGCUAAAUCUUACUUGAACAAUAAUCCGGUUCAAAAUGUAAUGGAUUUAAUAAAAAAAAUCUACCUUACCUUCUCAAUUUAAAUUGUGAUUGUGGAUAUUCAGUUACUUAUAAAAGCGACGUUGAGCUGUUCCGCGCUGGUCAUAAGCCAGCUAUACACUUGUAAAACAGUUGUAUGUCUGGUCACGACCAAAAUCAUUGACCACUAAACUGGUCAGUGACCCCCACCUUACCAACCCGCACUGACAACUAUGGUGCACGAUGGCCGUCUCUUAAUGGCCGUGUCUCUCAGUGGUUUCACAAUGGCCAUGUCUCUCUCUCUCAGUGGGUUCAUGUUUAGCAUGAUCAAACAUCCGCCACCCAAUUUAUGACCGACAUUGGUAUGGGCAGGUCUUCAUCCAGUGGCAGACUGACGGGGCUGUUGUACAUUUUUAUUUGUUUCAUUACAAGGGAAAACGACAAAGGGAAUGUAGUGUUGACAAGAGUAAGACCACAUGAGUCCUUGGGCAUGCUGUCCCAAAAUAGUUUUUAUUUGGGCAGACAUUGCAAAGACAUCACCACCGUUCUCAAAACGCCGGACAAAUCAACAGCAAGUACACACAGCACAUCCUGCCCUAAAUGCCGGCCAGAAAAAAAAAA